GAUUGAGCCUCCCCUCUACCGCUGACUCGCCGUAGCUUCCCACCCCACCCUCAGUCCUACCAUACGAACAACUGCAACUCCAAGACCGUUGGGAAAUGGAGUUUGCUGGGACUUCAAAUCAAGCACUCCGCACCACCGACUACCAAGAACACCAGAAACCAUGGGGCCGAUCAGAGGAAACGUCGCUCGUACCAGGCGCGAGUUUGGACAACUCUAUGGGCCAAAGCAUGCAGAUGGAGCAGGUGCAGCCUGAAUAUCCAUCAGCGCACACUACUGAAGUAGAUAUCCUGGAGGCGGAAAUUGAGGAUCUCGAAGCGCAGCUUCGGAGUGAGAGGGAAGCGAAAGAUGCGCUCUGCCGCGAGGUCGCCAGUUCCUCUGAUGAGAUUGAGUGGCUGGUCCGGGAACAUGAGGCCCGACUCAACAAGGUAGAAUCCAGGCUGCUUGAAUGUCAAAAAGCACUGGAUAAUGUCACGCAUGAGCUCGCUACGGCGAAGGAAAACUUGAAAGCAAAGGAGGAUGCCCUGAAUGACGUUGAACACGAUCUCUUCCUCAGCAAACAGGAAGUCAAUGGCCUCCAGGAUGAGCUCGAGAAGCAAGAAGCGCAAAGACUGGAGCGCGAACAAGAGUACGAGGGAAAACUGCAGAGGGCAGAGCUGAGGCUUCACGGAGUUGAAAGGCAACAUCAAGAAUCUGCGGCGCAGCUUUUCGCUGUCCAGGGUCAGAUGAAUGCUCGUAUGGAAACACAAAUGCGCACCGAGAGGAGAUUAGCCGAAUGUCCACCCAAAUCCAAGACCAUCGACACCACAUUGCACAAUUAGAGGAAACGCACCGACAAGCGGAGCUCGACCACGACCAAGGCACAAGGCGAAUCGAACA